AUGCCCGACAAUCACGAUGAGUUCUUUGACGAGGAUGAUGAUAGCUUCUUUAACGAUGCAGCAGUUCUUGCCCAAUUAGAUGAAGUUGAGACUCAAUUCACGAACACCCAAAAAGUUUCCCAACCUCCAGUCCCACCUACCAAGCGACCUAAGCUCAACCAUCCAGUUGCUUCACGUUCGAUCGCACAACAACGACAUGACCCCAUGGAUUAUGAUGGUCCUUCAUUUUACGUGGACGAAGCAGGACAAUAUCAUAACUAUAAGUCUCCCGAUCAACCUCAAAGAAACCGCGCUGGAGUCUUGCCAAGUGAACCAAGAAUCGUAAAGCCAUCUGUCAGCGUGCAAUCAAAUCGACCGACUUCAAACAAUGUACAACAAUACGCACUCCAAACACGACAACAACCGCUUAAAUCAGGUCCCAUCCAAUAUCCACGUGAGCCAGCCGCCAUCAACCGCAAUCUAAGUCUUGGUAUGCAAGCACUUAGAACUGGUACUGCGACUAGCGUACCUCCUCAACCUAGAGCCGCAGAGUCAUCGCGUCCUGGCAUCAGAUCGCAUGUUCCACCGGGCCGGCCUGCCGAGAUGAGUUUACAACGGGCACCUGUCUUACAAACUAGUCACAAACCUCCUCAACCACCUUCUCGUGCCAGUUUAGGGCCUCUCCAGACAUUUUCGCGCGGGGGGGACCAAGUCAUGAAUCUUGAAAACGCAAAUCCACGCUCAAUACAGGCUCCCCAGCGUGAUCAGGUCAUGGAGGGAUAUAAAGCAGCCGCCCCACCUCGAGCCCUCCCUUCGAGACCAUUAUUUCGAGCCGAUCUAAACCCUGAUCCUUCGCCUCCCACCCAUGCACCCGAUUCGAGAAUGCUCGAAUUACAGAUAAACCAACAGCAGGAAUUAGAGCGUUUACGACACCAGAUGGAAUCAAUGAACCAAGCACUCAGAGAAGCCAAUCUAGAAAAAACAAGAUUGAGAGGAGAAGUUUCAAUUGUUCGAUCAAGCUUGACAAAUCAUCAAACAAGCUCUUUACAACAAAUCCAAAGCCUUCGACAAACUGAACAAAAGAUCAAAGCAAGAGCAGAAGCAGCAGAGAGAGAACUUGAGCGUCUUCAAAGAGAAAAAGAGACCAAUCAAAUCUUUAGAGGUUUAGAAGCUAAUGCUAGAAAACCUCCUACAUCAGUUGCUCGUAAACAUCAGGGUAAUAGUACUCAAUUAACUCAAACUCAAAACUUACCACCGCCACCUGGGACAUCGAACGUAAGACCACCCUCAAAGAAGGAGAAAGCUCCAGCCUUUCGCGGUUUUAGAGAUGCAUUUGAUGUGUCUCAUGCUCCAGUCUCAGAUUCUCAACCGUCACAGUCUACUUCUCAAAGGGUAAACCCAAAUGCGUCCCAACGCUUGGUUGAUCCUAUGGUAGAUCGUCCAUCUCGCCGAAAUUCCUCUGGCAAUGACCAAAUCCCACGAGGCCCUCAAGUGAACCAAUCUGAGACGAUGAACGUGGCAGAGCUUGAACGGAACUGUCGUUCAAAACCCAUAGAAAUUUCACAUCGGAUCAUAGCCAACUUGCUACACAAUUUCAUUAUCGAUGUGAAUCCCAAUGUUCCUUCAAAGGAAUCCAAUUUAGUCGUCGGACUUCAGUUCAUCUUACAAUGUGAAUUCCAAGACCAAAGUAUUCAGUCAGAAUAUAAUCGAGUCACUCGAGAAUUAUUUAAUUCUUUGGGUAAAUCAAUGACAACUGAAUGGUCGAAUUCAAAAGAGGAAAAUCAAGACUCUACUAACUUGGUGAUCGGAAUCGGGGGGAGUAUAUUCGAGCUGACUGAAGUGUUUUAUAAUGCUCGUUUGUGA